CUGUUUAUUUAUUGUUUCAUCUUUAGAUUACACCUGAUUCUAAGAUCUCCAUACCAAAGCUACCCAAUGUGGGGUUGGUCAGCAAAGCAAAAAUGCCAGCGACGUCUAACAUUGUUCCGAGUGACAUGGUGAACUUGGGCUAUGGGAAGCAGCUCAACCAUCGGACUCUCUGCAUUCCCACCUGCCGUAUCAGUGAAUCUGUCCAGAAACUGAUAGAAUUGGCGUACCGGACACUCUCUGAGGCCACGAGUGCCACACCUGAAUGUGCCAUGCAGCUUUUCUACACCAUUAGAAACAUGUUCCACUUGUUCUACGAUGUGGUACCUACCUAUCACAAGGAUACAUUACAGAAGUUGCCACAGUUGGCUGCUAUCCACCACAACAAUUGUAUGUACAUUGCCCACCACCUGAUCACCUUGGGACACCAGUUCCAGUGCAACCUGCCAAGUCCUUUGUGCAAUGGAGCUGCCACCUUUGUAGAUUUUGUGCCAAGUUUUAGGCGAUUAGGAACGGAGUGUUUCUUGGUGCAGUUGCGUUCCCAAAGAGAUGAGUUACUGGAAAGGUUGUCGAAUGCGAGAAAUCUUUCGAGCUUGGAUGAUGUGGAUAAUUACACAGCUGCAAAUAAAGCAGUCCGGCAGGUGAGUCAUCAGCUAAAGCGAUUGGGCAAAGUUUGGCAAGAUGUGCUUCCAGUUCAUAUAUAUUGCAAAUCCAUGGGUACUUUACUUAACACAGCAAUUACAGAGAUUGUGAAUAAAGUCACAGCGCUAGAGGAUAUCUCCUCAGAAAGUGCAGACUGCCUUUAUUCGUUAUGUAAAGUCAUACUGGAGGAAGGUCCACAGAUCUUCCAGCCACUACCUGAAGAAAGUGAAAACAAAAAGUAUCAGGAAGAAGUUCCAGUAUAUGUCUCAAAAUGGCCAAAAUUCAAGGAGCUAAUGAUAGUCCUUCAGGCUAGUCUGCAGGAGUUAGUGGACAGGUGGACUGAUGGGAAGGGCCCUUUCGCAGCAGAAUUUUCUCCAGUUGAGGCAAAGAGCCUAAUCCGAGCUUUGUUUCAGAACACAGAGCGAAGAGCUGCAGCACUGGCAAAAAUUAAAUAAAUAUUGUUAAGAUUUUCUAUGUAUUCAGGAAUGAAAUGUCAAUAAAUGUAUAUUUACCUUGUAAA